AUGGCCCUGCUCCUACAGCUGCUGCCUCUGCUGCUCCCAAGGGUCCAGGGGAACCCAGAGGUUUCUCUGGAGGGCAGCCCUGGGGACCGGGUGAAUCUCUCUUGCAUAGGGGUCUCAGAUCCCACACGCUGGGCUUGGGCGCCUAGUUUCCCGGCUUGCAAUGGCCUGUCCAAGGGGCGCCGCUCAAUCCUGGUGGCCUCUCCGAGCGGGACCAGAUCUGUGUUCCCCCACUUCUCUGGCCGGCUGCGUUCGCUGGACACUGGUAUCAGGCGCCUGGAGCUGCUGCUGAGCACUGGAGAUUCUGGCACCUUCUUCUGCAAAGGACGCCAAGAGAAUGAGAGCCGCACGGUGCUUCAAGUGUUGGGGGACGAAGUAGCUUGCAGGGAUUCAGGGUUUACCCACGGGUCCCGGUAUCCUAAGGUCCUGAUUCCGCUGCUGGGCGUUGGCCUUGUGCUGGGACUGGGAGCCUCGGGUUUGGUCUGGUGGCGGCGCAGGCGCUCGCCCCCGCCCCCGCCUCGACCACUCCCCACAUCUGCUCCAGAGCUGCAGAGGCCUUUAGAUCAGGAGCCCAAGAUGUCAGGCCACCUGGACCAGGAGUCGAGCCUGCACUAUGCUGAUCUGGACCACUCUGUCCUCGGGAGGACCCGGCGGAUGUCCACAGUGGUUCCUGGUGAUGCCUCCACUGUCUAUGCGGUUGUAAUAUAAGGGGGCCGCCUUGUUCUUCCAAACCUCCCAAUCUGGGGCCUCCCCUUGUCUUUAGAACCUCGGCAGGAAGCGGACAGAGGCACUAGUCUGAGAGACUAGAUACCAGGGCUGCAACUUUGUAACUGUUCAUCCUUUUCAGCCACUCUCAUCUCUUCUACAAGAUCUUUCCUUCACCACUGACGCCCUCUCUAAGGAUGACCAAGCUGUCAGCCUUAAGUUUU